AUCAUUGAUGAAAUUUAUUCAAGAGUUUUAAAUAUAAUCUCUAAUUUAUCUAUCUGAUAUAUGUUAUCAAUUCUAAUAGAGGAUUGAAUAUCUAAACAGUUCGUUAUAUUAGAGUAUAGUAUAUUAUAGAAUUUUAUCCAAUAUAAAAUAGAAAUCUGAUGAGAUUUUUUCUUUUAGAACCACUUAUUGAAAAUAGUUUUCAACCGAAUAAAACUAAAAAAUUUAAACGAAAAAAGAAACUAUCAAAACCAAUAUUAACUUCCUUAUUAUAUUGAAUCAAAUUGAGCAUAACACGCUCGUAUACUUUGUUAUCAACCAAUUGAUUUUGAAGAAUUUGAUAAACAAAUAAAAAAGAUCUUUAUCUUAAAAUAGGAUCUAAAAAAUUAAUGGAUUUGUCUCGAUUAUCAAUCUUUUACAUUUACAUUACAUUUAAUAAAAGUCGCUUUUACUAGUGUAAUCAGAGCUAAACGACGACACAAAUUAUCUUUUUUUCUUUUAUUAUCUUAUUAAUAAAUCUAUUAUUUAGAAAAAAAAAAAACAAAGAGUAAUAAACCAGAAAUUGUUUCAUACAUCAACCAUACCUACAAGAUCAACUAGAAUAACAACAAAAAAAAGGAGAAAAAUGAAGAAGAAUUUGAAUUUGAACAGCAAUUUAUUCUUCGAAUGCCACCAGUAAUCUUUUCUUCUUCAAACCAAUCAAUUUUUUUAAAUUAUUUUUAUUUUUCUAAGAAUGAAUAUGCAAGACGUUUACGUCAGUUGAUUGAUUCUGGUGAUGAAAAUAUUCGUCAACGUCUUUUUAUUGAUUUAAAUCCUAAACGAAGACGUGCUCGUAUUAAAGGACGGGGAACGUUUUCCUGGGAUUUUGGCCCACUGUGA